AUGACCAGUGAGCUCCAACGUCAGCAUGAGCACAUAACUGACGAUCAUAGCAUGAUUAUAAAUCUGCAAGAGCUCUAUGGGGAACAUAACCAAACAGUUAGAUAUGGGAUAUCUAAGCAACUAUUCAAGGCUAAGAUGGUAGAAGGCACUGAUGUGGGAGACCACGUGCUCAAUGUAAUCAAUUUGAUUGGUCAACUUGAAGUACUAGAUUUCUAUAUGAAUGCCAAGCCACAGAUUGACCUUAUCCUCCAGUCGCUCCCAGAAUCUUUUGCCUCAUUUAUUCUCAACUUUAACAUGAAUAAGCUUGAGUGA